AUGGUGGAGUUUCUUGGGGGUAGUUCGAUGAAAUUCUUAGCAUAUUUUGUUUUCGUUUGUUGGUUUACUGUUCCACCGGUCGAAGGUAGAGUUCGCCAUUACAAAUGGGAAGUGAAGUAUGAAUUUAAGUCACCAGAUUGCUAUAAAAAGCUUGCUAUUACCAUCAAUGGACGAACCCCGGGGCCGAGUAUCAUUGCGCAGCAGGGGGAUACAAUUACUGUAGAGCUCAAGAAUAGUUUGUUAACAGAAAAUGUUGCAAUCCACUGGCAUGGAAUAAGACAGAUUGGAACACCUUGGUUCGAUGGAACAGAAGGGGUGACACAGUAUCCUAUUCUGCCUGGAGACACCUUUGUGUACAAGUUUGUUGUCGAUAGACCAGGGACAUAUUUAUACCAUGCACACUAUGGUAUGCAAAGAGAAGCGGGGCUAUACGGAUCAAUUUGUGUAUCGCUUCCCGAUGGAGAAUCCGAGCCUUUUUCGUAUGAUUAUGAUAAAAGUAUAAUCCUUACUGAUUGGUAUCACGCCAGCAGAUAUCAACAAGCUGCUGGCCUCUCUUCAAUACCCUUUGUCUGGGUUGGAGAACCUCAAUCUAUUCUGAUACAAGGCAAGGGAAGGUUCGAUUGCAGUACACCAGGCAUUCAAGCAGAUCUUUGUAGUGCCACAAAUCCUGAAUGUACACCUUAUGUACUGACAGUGAUUCCUCGAAAAACGUAUCGACUCCGAAUCGGAAGCCUAACCGCCCUAUCAGCAUUGAGUUUUGAAAUUGAAGGCCAUAACAUGACAGUAGUUGAAGCUGAUGGUCACUAUGUUGAACACUUUGUAGUCAAAAACUUGUUCAUCUACUUCGGUGAGACAUAUUCUGUCCUAGUUACGGCCGAUCAAGAUCCUUCGAGAAACUACUGGGCAAGUGUAAAAAUUGUAAGCAGGAACAGCAAUACUACAAAUGGUUUAGCCAUCUUCAAUUAUUAUCCGAACCAUCCACAACGAAACCCUCCAACGGUCCCUCCUCCCGGUCCACAUUGGAAUGACAUCGAACCACGACUGGCUCAAAGCAUUGCAAUAAAAUCACACAAAGGUUACAUCCAUCCUCCUCCUCAGACAUCUGACCGAGUGAUAAUCAUGCCCAAUACACAAAAUCGUAUCAACGACAAUGUCCGUUGGUCAAUCAACAAUGUCUCGUACAACCUCCCACACACGCCAUAUCUCAUCGCGCUUAAGCACAACUUAACACAUGCCUUUAACCCUUUUCCUCCCCUGGAAGGGUACGACUUUGCAAACAUUGUAGAAAUUAAUUCUUUCUUGUAUAAGCCUGCCUGA